AUGCUCCGGCGGCAGAAGCGCAUCGUCGGCGGGAAGAACUCGCUUAGGGGCGGCUGGCCAUGGCAGGUGGCGCUGCGCCUCCGGUCCCCCCGCGGGGACGGCAGGCUCCUCUGCGGGGCCACGCUGCUGAGCAGCUGCUGGGUGCUGACGGCCGCGCACUGCUUCAAGAGGUACGGGAACAGCACGCGGAGCUACGCCGUCCGGGUGGGGGACUACCACACGCUGGUGCCCGAGGAGUUUGAGGAGGAAAUCGGAGUCCAGCAGAUUGUCAUUCACGGGGCCUACCGGCCGGACAGCAGUGACCACGACAUCGCCCUGGUCAGGCUGCAGGGCCCGGACGGGCAGUGCGCCAGGCUCAGCAGCCACGUGCUGCCCGCCUGCCUGCCGCUCUGGAGGGAGAGGCCCCAGAAGACAGCCUCCAACUGCCACAUCACAGGCUGGGGAGACACAGGCAGCGCCUACGCCCGGACCCUGCAGCAGGCCGCCGUGCCCCUGCUGCCCCGGAGGCGGUGUGCGGAACGCUACCAGGGCCGCUUCACCAGGAGGAUGCUCUGUGCCGGGAGCCUGCGUGCACACAGCCGGGUGGACAGCUGCCAGGGCGACAGCGGGGGGCCCCUGGUGUGCGAGCGGCCGGGAGCCGGCUGGGCCGUGUACGGGGUGACCUCCUGGGGGCACGGCUGUGGAGCCAAGGGCUCACCCGGCGUUUACACCAAAGUGUCAGCCUUUGUACCUUGGAUCAAAAGUGUCACCAAACUGUAA